AUGGUCGAUUCGCGAUGCCAUUCCUUCGAGGAUAUUCCCUCAAUUCGCAACCACCGUGCUUCACUGACGUGUUCAUCUCAAUCUGAAUCUUCAGACGAUGGAAUACUAACUGGACUAACCGCAUGUUUUGCAACGAUCAACCUUACGCUUCAUGAACUGCACAAUACCUCUCAAAUAUCACUGACCCACCUUCCAGCGGACAACCGUCCCAAUACUCCCCAUCCACUACUCAAGGAAAACAGAAUUACAACCCCCAGCUCUCCUGAACGCGGUCGAACGAGGAACAGAGUAUCUCCAAAUGGCGAUGUGCCUCGUGGAGCCUUUCGCAGUCCUUCAUCUCCUGAUCGGUUCAUCCCAAAACGGGAGUAUAUGGAUCCUCCCUCAACGCCGUUCCGUAAAGAUUUCUGCGGAGACGUGCUCCUGGGCAUGACCCUUUUCUUCCAGUGGCUCGCCGACCUCCAAAUUUCCCGGGGCAGAAAUCAAUUCCUACUCGUCUCCGCCAGCGGCCUCAUCAGCGACCUGGUCUCAGUCACAGGGUCAAUGUUCCUGGGAGGCGAUCGGACUGAUUUCUUGAGACAAGUCAGCUCUGGCUCUGUCUGGGGUGUCGGUGGUAUCUUGGCUAUUCCAGCGGAUUCCUCGGCGACGGUGUCAAAUGGUUCACGGAAUGAUGCAGGAAGAGGGACCAUGGCACCGAACUACGUUGCCAGAUUCCUUCCCAGAAGGACUGCCGCUGAUGACCAUAACAAGCACGAGUCGCGACUUGCCCUUGCAUUGGACAUUGACCCCACAGGAAGACUCCUUGAGACUUCUGUUGCAUGUACGGAAAACCACCUUCGCCCAACAUCGAAGGAUCAUGAGCGGUAUGCACCUUUCGUAUGGAAGGAUAAUGCUUGGAAGAAGGCCGAGAAAGACAAUUGGCCGCCCACUCGAGUCCGACGACCGGAAAUUGUUCCGCCCAAGCCUUUCCGUAUCUUGGAUGCGCCUUUUCUUCGUGACGACUUUUAUUGCUCGACCCUGGCCUACUCAUUCACCUCAGGAAUUCUUGCCGUUGGCCUCGCGCAAUUCGUUUACCUAUGGUCAGAAGGCAUUUCUGUGAACCAUCCCCCGUUUGGCGAUGUUCACCCAUCAAACUAUGUGACAUCUCUGUCGUUCUCAUCUGAGAGUGGUGGUCGAAGCAUCUUGGCGGUCGGUCGCCAAUCUGGUCAAUUGACGCUCUGGAGCGUUUUUGAUAGUACGGUCCGCUUCGAGCUCAGUCAUCCUUACAGCAUCUCGUGCGUGACAUUCAAUUCUCGGACUAAACGCCGCAGCUCUGGACGAUUUCCCGGCUUGGAGGUUGACGCAGAAGAGCUCGUGGUUGGUGACGAGAUGGGAAAUGUGUGGUAUUACUCGGUCGAAUGGCCAGUCAUUCAAAAUAAGUGGAGCUGGACCGGUUCCAUGACACUACUGGCCAAGAUUAUCGCCCAUACCCAGCAAGUUUGCGGUCUGGCAUGGUCCCCUGAUCAGCGAUAUCUAGCUACUGGUGGCAAUGACAAUGUUUGUCUGCUCUUCGAUCUCCAGGAACUUAUCCCUGCACCCGUUCUCAACCACUCAGCAUAUAGUCCUGCCUCUUCAAGUCUGGGCAGUUCUCCGGAUUCAAUGACCUUCCACGCAUUCCCAUGCCUGAAUAUCAGAAACACUCCAGGCAUCAAUUGGGGGAUACUGCGAUUGUUCAACAGGGAGCACGUCGUCAACCAACUCUUACCUUCGCGGGCACAUCCCCCAACGAUCAGAAUCUCCGCAGCAUCUCCAGUCCUUAGCAAUUUGGGAACCCUCAUCUCGGGACUCGGAAAAACGGUGAUCAUUCCACCAAACCGUCAGAAGUAUCGCUUACAACAUGGCGCAGCAGUAAAGGCAAUUGCCUUUGCGCCCUGGCAACCAACACUACUCGCAACCGGAGGGGGAUCCAACGACCGGGCAAUCCACUUUUUCCACUCCAGAACCGGAGUCUGCCUAGCAACAAUCAACGUAUUUGCACAAGUAACGAGUCUCAUCUGGAGUCAAACCCGGCGUGAAAUAGCCGCAACCUUCGGAUACGCCCAACCAGAACAUCCUUUCCGAAUCGCAGUUUUCGCCUGGCCAAGCUGUGCACAAGUUGCAGUUAUCCCCUGGGGACCGUACGGAAGCAGUUGGGACGGACAUGAGCGCGACGUCCCGAGUUACGACUGCGGGCGAGCUUUAUGCGCUGUUGGAUAUCCUGGCCGGAAAUCUCGCCUUUCGAUUCCUGCUAAGGAAGAUGAUAGCAGCAUUAUUGGCGAAACAUCUUCUUCAUACGCCGCUUCUCCUAGGUCUUCUACAUCAAACGGCCCACAGUCCUCCUCGGCAAGUGGAAGUCAAGCAGACUUCCCGGCCAGGAGAGACCGGAUGACAGUUCAGCCAAAGGAAAAAGAAGGCGGGAUGUGGUGCACACGAACGAUCGAGGAGGGAUGUAUUAUUGUCGCAUCGAGUGAUCAGACUGUUAAGUUCCAUGAGAUUUGGACUGGGUGUCGAACGAGCGUUGGGUCGGCUAGUGGGUUGUUUGGGGGUAGUGAUAUCCUAGAGAGUAUGGAGGGUAUUGAGAAAUCCGGCAGUGAAGUCAUUCGCUAG